AUGCGAGGAAACCAAGAUUACGUCCCAUCGGUUCUUCACCUGGAACCUAAUGGACCUUCUGGCUUAGACUCUGUGGACGUUUAUCUUGAUUCAUUGGAUGAUUCAGAUGUAUCUUUUGAAAAUUUUGAAGGUCCUGAAGGUCCUGAAGGUCUUUAUACUAUCGAUGAAAUGGUAUCUGAGGAAGAGGCUGGUGAUGAUCUUGAUCAGAAUGUCUCCGAAGACCAACCUGGCCAGGAACAUGAAGGCCUAUUCGACUUCGAUUGGAUUGAUAAUUCUUUAGAUCAAAUCUUGGAAAUAAGAUCGAAUUUAUUGGAACAACGAAAUUUCAAUCGAAGCAAAAGGAUAGAAUUAGAUUUAAUUGGUCAAGACCUAGAAAAUCUAAAGACUCAUCGGAUUAAUGAUGAAGAUAUGAUAUCAAAUGGUGAAGAGCAUCUAUCAAAAACUUCCUCAGGAAAAUGCACAUCAACACAUUCAAAAAACGAUACUUCACCGCAAAAACUCACUGAAUUGCAAUUCAUCGCAGCACAAAGCGGCGAAGUGAAAGUCACUAGGAAACCUGCACCAACACUCAGCCCAAGAAGUUUGAUCUUUGCGCCUCAUUUACCUACCACCUUAAAUGUUUCUUUUCAAAAUGUCAGACCUGAUGUUACUGCACCAAUUGAGGACGAAGAGACAGAGGUGAUCCCAGAUCCCACCUUGAAUCUCCGUUCACCCAAAGCAUCAUGUUCAUCCAAAACAGCAACUUCACCUCAAACAUCAAGUUCCCCUGUAACCUCAAAUUCACGUAAACAAUCAAUCCAAUCCGAUCAUUCAAGUCUACUUUACGAAGACUUUAAUCUCCAGACACUCGAAAUCGGGAAUCCUAAAUUUGAUUCAAUUAGAAAAUCAAUCAGAAAAAGCUUAUCAACACCUGCAUCUAGGAAGACUUUACUUAACAAAGACUCGGAAUUAUUUGAUUUGGGUUGGGAUCAAUUAGAAGAUAUUUUAGAAAAUUUAAAUCAACUUGAAAAUAUACCUUCUUUAGAUUGGACUUAUACUUCUAAGAUUGAUUUAAUUAAAGUGAAGAUUUUGGAAAGAAAGAGAAGUCAAUUGCGAAGAGGAAAUGGUGCUUCAAAGCCAAAGUUUAGAAAUAUAUAA